AUGGCCGUUCAGGAGGGGACACGCAGCUCUACGCUGCGGGUCCUGGAGGAGGCCUUGGGUCUGACGACCACCGGGGACACGACGGACGCGGUGGCCACCGAGGGCGCCUACUACCUGGAGCAGGUCACCAUAACUGAAGCAUCCGAAGACGACUAUAAAUAUGAAGAGAUACCAGAUGACAAUUUCAGCAUUCCUGAAGGUGAAGAAGAUCUGGCAAAAACAAUUCACAUGGUCCAAGAGCAGGAUACGGAUACUCAGAUUUUGGAGAAGAAAACAGUUCUUCCUUCAAGGCAUGCAGUACCUGAACAGACUCACAGACAAACAGCAAGAGGAGCAGGGGAAGAUGCUGAGGAAAAUGGAUAUCAACCUCAGCAACAAGGAGGAUUGUGUGGUCUGAACCACAGUUAUGUGACUGUUGAGGUGGGAAAGAGGUUAGAAAGUAAACCAGACCCCAGGUUAUAG